AUGCCGGGUAUACUACCGAUGAAAAUGAUUCGAGUGGGAAGUAGUGCGCAGAGUAGGAUUGCGCAAGCUUGCGAUAGGUGUCGUAGCAAGAAGAUCAGGUGUGACGGCAUACGACCUUGCUGCACCCAGUGCGCCAACGUCGGCUUCGAGUGCAAGACUAGCGACAAAUUGAGUCGCAGAGCAUUCCCAAGGGGUUACACAGAGUCUCUCGAAGACCGCGUUCGAGGCCUCGAGGCUGAAGUCCGAGAGCUGAAGGACCUAUUGGAUGAGAAAGACGAGAAGAUCGACAUGCUCUCACGCAUUCACAGCUUCUCUCCUCCCUCUCGGAAAUGUUCAGCAUCCCUGUCGCCUGCACACGCAGCCCAGGUCAAGGCGGAAGUGGAAUCAGCCAGAGAAGAAAUACUACAUGUUGAGAUACCCGCUCCAGUACAGCCGAAAGCCACGUCGACUGGUUCCUCGACCGUGUCCUCUUUUAUUGAAGCCUUUGAUCAGAAGGUCCAAGAAACAGGCAGGCAAGCCGCCGGCGUCUCCUCAUCCAACCUGCAGAAAGCUAUUCAACCAAUUCGUCAGACCAUGGUUCCGGGCCCUAAGGUGCCACCCAGGAUUUUGUCCGACCAGUACAUCAACCUCUUCUUCCAAGAAUGGCAGCCUCUGCUACCAGUUCUCCAUCGCCCGACGUUCCUUCGAGUUUAUGAACAGUAUUUGGCCAACCCUGAAAAUGGCAACUGGCAGAGCAACAAGCAGGCUUUGGCCCAAUUGUUCCUAAUCUUCGAGAUUGCCGCCCUCUCCAGCUUGACCACUCCGAAGAAGAGCACACCUUCCUUCGAGUCUCAAUGGCGCAAAGCUCUAUACUCCACGUCAUCGAGUGCAUCCCUGUCUACGCUCCAGUGUCAUGUGCUUGCGCAAAUUUGCUAUCUAUUGCGGGCUGACUACACUCAUCUCACACGUCACCGCGGAAUUGCUGUGACCAUGUGUCACGAGCUGGGACUUCAUCAAGGCCACAAGUACCAUAGCCUGUCCCCACUUGAAGCCGAAACCAGGAAGAAGGUCUUCUGGUGCCAAUACGUCCUCGAUAAAUUUAUCUCGGCUACCACGGGAAACCCGCCCCUCUUCCGAGAUGAUGAUAUUACAACGGAGUUCCCUGCCGAUGUCGACGAUGAAAACCUCAGCACUCAAGGCUUCUCGCCUACUCUCCCUGGCGAACUGACCAAGAUCUCCAGUGCUCUUGCAUUGUUCCGCGUAUCUAAAAUCUUGUCCAAAGCUUUGGAUAACCUGUACCCUGCCAAAGCGAGCUAUCAACUGUCCUUGACAAAACUCUAUGCGCUCUCCGAUGAGCUCGAUCAAUGGUCAGAAGAACUUCCCGACCAUCUCCGUCUUCGCUUCUGCAACGAUAAACCAGCUACACACUUGAUCAGCUGCAGGUCUCCAUUACUGUCUCUAGCAUAUUUUUAUACCAGGAGCUUGAUCCACCGACCACUACUUUGCCAUGGCUCUGGCAGUGCUGCAUCCGCAGCUGGCAUUGUUCUUGCAACUGCAGGCAAGCAUGUGCUACAGAUUCUUGAUCUUCUCUUGGAGCGUUGCAUGAACUACGCCUUCCCCUUGAACAAGACCCAUCUUCUAUUAAGCUCUGGAUUUUCAAUCCUCUGGCAGUCCCUUGACUUGGAAGACGACAGCAAGCUCGUGAAGGAUAAUCAGAAAUCAUUAACUCUUCUGGCCAACAUGCUACAAAACGACAACUCAAUCGCCGCACUAGAAUUUCAAAAGAUAGCGACUUGCUUUAUCGCGCUAGAAGGACGGAUUGCGUCUACCCCAAAGAGUGUCGACACUGGCAAUUCACCGCAGGGAUCAGGUUCGGCAAUGCCUGCCCCUUCAGAGGUAAAAUCCAAAUCUGCCAGGAAACAAUUGCAAGCAAUUGCCUCGAGAUGGUCAUCAUUCAGCAACAAAGGAAAACCCGAGAACACAACCCGACGUGCAACGGUGUCUCAAACUGGAAACGCAUCGUUCAGCCCUGCACACCGGGCAGCGAGCACGGUCAGCCUCACAUCAACUCGAUCUGCGCCAGUCAAGGCAGUGAAGUCUUCUUCGCUCAACCGAGUGAAUACCGCGAGAACCAUUGAUAAUCCGGCCAUUAACUUGGACUAUCUACCCCUUGAUGGCGACUCACAGACGAGAACCUCGUCGAGCACGAUGUUACCUCCAAAGAAGCAACAAACGCCCACACUGACGGAGCCCAGCUGGGAACGUCUUCUCAACAAUUUCGACAGCAACAAUCCAGGAAUCUAUCAGGAUAUGACUGCCAAUGGGCACACCCUGUAUCAAGCUCCCAGCAAGGAAUGGACCCCUGAGGUGUGGCACCUAUCUGCCAUAGAUCUCGCUGUGAAAGCACCUGUGCCGCAAAGCUUGUUGAGUUUCUCCGAAGAAUCACUCACCAGUGGAGACGACUUUCUGUUUAGCGCUGCAGGAAGCAACAAUGGUUCAACGGCCACGGGCGACAACCUGGACCUUGCAGAGACCUACCGAGGCAUUACGAUCCCAGUUGACGAUGAAUUCGAAUUUCAUGAGGUAGAGGCAUGA